CUCUUCCCUCUCUCUUUAUCUAUGAGUUAUUCUCUCUCUCUCUCUUUAUGUCUUAGAGAUAGUCUCUCUAUCUAGGUGAAGGUCUCUCGCUCCCUGCCAAGGUGAUAGUCUCUCUAUUUAGGUGAAAGUCUCUCUUUCUGUCGAGGGGAUAGUUUCGCGCUCGCUCCUUGUAGUCUUCCCUCUCCUGCCUGAAUUUCGGAGUUGAAGCAUGCAUAGCAAAGGAAGCUCAUGUUCGAAUUGCUGUUCCUUUGAGGACUACAAGCUAACGACAGAGUGGCUGUUGAACCAAACCAGCCACCGUCCCAAAGUUGCAGUGAUCUGUGGCUCUGGUCUGGGCCUGCUGGCUAACGCUGUGAACAACAGGCAGAGCUUCCGCUAUGAAGACAUCCCCAACUUCCCCGUCAGUACAAUACCGGGCCAUGAGGGCUGCCUGGUGUUUGGAACCAUAAAGGACCAGUGCUGUGUGUUCAUGCAGGGCCGGGUUCAUCUCUAUGAAGGCUACUCUCUGUGUAAGGUGACCUUCCCAGUGCGGAUCUUCAAGCUCUUGGGUGUUGAGACCCUGGUGGUGACCAACGCCUCCGGAGGUAUCUGUCAAGACUAUAAAGUUGGAGACAUCAUGGUCAUCAAAGACCACAUCAACCUGCCUGGCUUUGCUGGACAACACCCUCUCUGUGGGCCGAAUGAUGAACGGUUUGGGGUCCGGUUCCCCUGCAUGUCCGACGCCUACAGUAAAGACCUGCGGCGGCUGGCCCUGGACAUCAGCUCUGAGAUGGGCUGCAGUGACUUUGUCAGGGAGGGGGUUUACUGCAUGGUGAGCGGGCCCAACUUUGAGACCAUCGCUGAGGCCCGCAUGCUGCAGGUCCUGGGCUGUGACGCCGUCGGUAUGAGCACAGUUCCAGAGGUGACUGUAGCCAAGCACUGUGGCAUUCGAGUGUUUGGCCUUUCUCUGAUAACUAAUAAGGUGUCUCUGGACUACAGCAGGGAGGAAAUGGUGAACCACGAGGACGUUCUGCUGACCGGUAAGAUGAGAGCCGAGUUUCUGCAAAAGCUGGUCGCCACUCUGAUAAUACGCUGCAACCAUCAGGAACAAUAGCGCCUCAGACCACAGCCCCGGGACCCAGAACACCACCCAAACCCCCACCCAACCUGGACCAAGAACACCACCCAUAACCCCCCCCAACCUGAACCAAGAACACCACCCACAACCCCACCCAACCUAGACCAAGAACACCACCCAUAACCCCACCCAACCUGAACCAAGAACACCACCCGUAACCCCACCCAACCUGAACCGAGAACACCACCCAUAACCCCACCCAACCUGAACCAAGAACACCACCCGUAACCCCAACCAACCUGGACCAAGAACACCACCCAUAACCCCACCCAACCUGAACCAAGAACACCACCCAACCUGAACCAAGAACACCACCAAUAACACCUCUUCCCCAGGACCUAGAAGCACCCCUAAAACCACCCUUCCUGAACCACUAACCCCACCUCCCCAGACCCAAUACACCAUGUCCUCGGGCAUAAUACCCCCACCUUUAACACCACUUCGCUGGGACCCAUAGAACCACUUCAUCUGGAAAAAUAACACCAGCAUCGCUCCUGAACCAAUAGCACCACCACCCCAGGACCAUGAAGGCACCGGAUUUACCAUAGUCAAGGAUAAUGGCAGGGUUUUACUGUACAAUAUCAAAGUGGCAAUGUAUAAAGAGAAAAAAAAUA